AUGGACCACGUCCCCACGCUGGACAUUCGCCGCUACGAUAGCGAGCGGGACGCUUUUGUGCGAGAAAUGGGGCAGACGUUUCAGAAGUAUGGAUUCUGUUGUAAGUACCACAUACCUGGCAUAGGCGGCGCGCGAGGAUACACUCCCUUUAUGGUCGAGACGGCCAAAGGGUCUCAGUGGGCUGACCUUAAAGAGUUCUGGCACGUCGGCCGCGAUAUACCUCGGGACUCGAAGUAUGCCGACGUCAUGGCGCCGAAUGUAUGGCCAUCCGAAGUGCCAGCAUUUCAGAUGCAGGCGCGCCAGCUCUUUGAUGCGCUCGACAGUCUGGGCGUGCGCAUUUUGCGCGCCCUCGCCCUCUAUAUCGGGCUGCCCGAGACAUUUUUCGACCGCAUCGUCGAUCAAGGCAACUCGAUCCUCCGGCCGAUUCACUACCCGCCUAUGGCUGAGGAGGAUGUCCCGAAUGUACGGGCAGGCGCGCACGAGGACAUCAACUUGAUUACACUGCUGGUCGGUGCAAGUGCCGAGGGCCUCGAGGUCCUCAGUGAUGGGGCCUGGCUGCCUAUCACGACACAGGGCGAUGCGAUCGUCGUCAACAUCGGCGAUAUGCUGCAGCGACUCACCAACCACGUAUAUCCGUCGACCACGCACCGUGUCGUCAACCCCCUGAACGAAAAGAGGGGCAAACCGAGAUUCUCUGUCCCCUACUUUCUCCAUCCCAACCCUGAUGUGCCGCUAGACCCGCUUCCCUGCUGCAUCACGCCGGAGAACCCAUCACGGUAUUCGACGUCGCUCACGGCCCACGAAUUCCUGCUCGAGCGUCUUCGCGAUAUCAAGCUCCUUUAG